GGGCCGCAGCGUGGGGCGGCCGGAGCGGGCGGAACCGGGGCCUGGCGGGGCGGCCGGCGGGGCGGCCGGCGGGGGCCUGGCGGGAUGUUCCGCAAGGCGCGGAGGGUGAAUGUGCGGAAGCGGAACGACUCGGAAGAGGAGGAUGAGGAGCGCGACGAGGAGCCGCCUCAGGAGCCGGCGCCGGCGGCCGGGACGGCGGGGGAAGGGCCCAGCGAGGCCUCCGUGCCGCUGGCGUCGGGCGCUGGGCUCCUGCCGCUGCCCGCCGGCUGCGUGCCCCUCGCCCUGCCCGGCAGCCCCGCGGCCUUCGCCUGCGCCGCGAGCUACGGAGCGGCUCUCGGCCUGGGGCUGGGCAUGAUGGGAGGCGACCGAGCGGGCCUGGGGGCUCUGCCGGCGCCCGGUGUGCUGCGGCCCCCGGCGCCGCCGCCCCAGCCCCAGCAGGGCAAUGGGCUGCCGGUGGCCGGGCGCCCCAAAGAGAAGAAGAAGUCGCGGGAGAACAAAGAGGUGCCGAGGGCCAGCCUGCUCAGCUUCCAGGACGAGGAGGAGGAAACAGAAGAAGUUUUCAAAGUGAAGAAAUCAAGUUACAGCAAGAAGAUUGUAAAACAGUUGAAGAAAGAAUACAAAGAAGAUCUUGAAAAAUCAAAAGUUAGAACAGAGGCCAAUUCUCCAACAGAUGCUGAAGCACCACCAGAAAAGGUAGGACAGAAUAAGGAUAUAGGCCAAGAAGAUGGGACUGCAAACAGUGAGCAUGGUGAAGAAGAAAUGGAAGUUGAAAGUGAGAAGGAAGAAGAGAAACCAAAAGCUGGUGGUGCUUUUUCAAGUGCUCUGUCAUCACUGAAUGUUCUCCGCCCAGGAGAAAUUCCAGAUGCUGCUUUUAUUCAUGCCGCUAGGAAAAAGCGCCAAAUGGCUCGUGAGCUUGGAGACUUUACCCCCGUUGACAGUGAACCAGGUAAAGGCCGCCUUGUUCGAGAAGAUGAAAACGAUGCCAGUGAUGAUGAAGAUGAUGACGAGAAGAGGAGGAUAGUUUUUACAGUGAAGGAAAAAUCCCAAAGGCAAAAGAUUGCUGAGGAAAUAGGUAUUGAGGGAAGCGAUGAUGAAGCACUAGUGGCAGGGGAGCAAGAUGAAGAACUCAGUAGAUGGGAGCAAGAGCAGAUACGAAAAGGAAUCAACAUACCCCAGGUUCAGCCAAGUCAGCCUGCAGAAGUGAAUAAUGUGUACUACCAGAACACUUACCAGACACUGUCUUAUGGUUCAUCAUAUGGCAUUCCAUACACCUAUGCUGCGUAUGGAUCGUCGGAAACCAAGUCUCAAAAAACAGAUAAUACAGUUCCUUUCAAAACUCCCAGUAAUGAGAUGACUCCUGUUACUAUUGAUUUGGUAAAGAAACAGCUUAAAGACAGGUUGGACUCUAUGAAAGAAAUGCACAAAGCUAAUCGGCAGCAAUAUGAGAAACAUCAGCAAAGCCAAGAGGACUCUACCAAGGCAAUUGAAAGAUUAGAAGGGUCUUCUGGGGGUAUUGGUGAACGGUAUAAGUUUUUGCAAGAAAUGCGAGGGUAUGUCCAAGACUUGCUUGAGUGUUUCAGUGAAAAGGUGCCUCUGAUUAACGAGCUUGAGUCUGCAAUGCACCAGCUGUACAAACAGCGAGCUUCCCGCCUUGUCCAAAGACGACAAGAUGAUAUUAAAGAUGAAUCUUCGGAGUUUUCAAGCCAUUCAAAUAAGGCACUGAUGGCUCCAAAUCUUGAUUCUUUUGGGCGAGACAGAGUGAUCUAUCAAGAACAGGUCAAGCGUCGGACUGCAGAAAGAGAGGCUAGAAGGGCUCGCCGCAGACAAGCGAGAGAGCAGACUGGGAAGAUGGCAGAUCACCUGGAAGGCCUUUCCAGCGAUGACGAGGAGACUUCAACAGAUAUCACAAACUUCAACCUGGAGCGAGAUCGUAUAUUGAAAGAAUCCAGCAAAGUUUUCGAAGAUGUUUUGGAAAGUUUUUACUCCAUUGAUUGCAUCAAGUCCCAGUUUGAAGCUUGGCGCUCCAAGUACUUUGCUUCUUACAAGGAUGCUUACAUUGGCCUCUGUUUACCAAAGCUAUUUAACCCUUUAAUCAGACUUCAGCUGCUCACCUGGACUCCUUUGGAGGGCAAGUGUCGAGAUUUUGAAACAAUGUUGUGGUUUGAGUCAUUGCUGUUUUAUGGCUGUGAAGAGCAGGAGCAGGUGAAAGAUGAUGCUGAUAUUUCACUGUUGCCUACCAUUGUAGAGAGAGUUGUUCUUCCUAAAUUAACAGUAAUUUCUGAAAAUAUCUGGGAUCCUUUCUCUACCACACAGACAUCUAGAAUGGUAGCAAUUGUACAGAAACUAAUAGAUGGAUAUCCCUCAGUGGUGAAUGCAGAAAACAAAAAUACACAGAUGCUUUUAAAGGCCUUGUUGCUAAGAAUGAGGAGAACACUAGAUGAUGAUGUAUUCAUGCCCUUGUAUCCAAAAAACAUCUUAGAAAACAAGAACUCUGGUCCAUAUUUGUUUUUCCAACGUCAGUUUUGGUCCUCUGUUAAGUUAUUGGGAAACUUUCUCCAGUGGUAUGGAAUCCUCUCAAACAAAACUCUACAGGAGCUGUCCAUAGAUGGGUUGCUAAAUAGAUACAUUCUUAUGGCUUUUCAAAACUCAGAGUAUGGAGAGGACAGCAUUAAGAAAGCUCAAAGUGUAAUUGCUUGCUUCCCUAAGCAGUGGUUCACUAAUCUAACGGGAGACAAGACUAUUUCUCAGCUAGAAAACUUCUGUAGAUACCUUGUUCACCUGGCUGAUACAAUUUACAGAAACAGCAUUGGUUGCUCUGAUGUAGAGAAGAGAAAUGCCAGGGAGCACAUCAAGCAGAUCAUAAAGCUUCUAGCAAGUGUCCGAGCUCUGGAUCAUGCUGUUACUGUUGCAAAUGAUCACAACGUAAAAGAGUUCAAGAUUCUAAUAGAAGGAAAAUAGACUUUUCCCACCACUCAUUUUGAGCUUUAAAACCAUUCCUGAUAUGUAAUUUAUGUACAUAUGUAAAGUUUCUUAAACUGUAAAGUAUUGAUCUUUGUUUUAAUACAAAGUGCAUUCUUAUAUACAGCAUCCUUAAAAAUAAAAAUCAUUGACUUCAUUGAAAACAAAAAUGGAAUCCCAAGAUUGUCAUCUUUCCAGAAACAGGAUUUUUCCUCAAGUUUCUCAAAAUCUUGUUCACAAAAAGACUUUGUGCCCAUAAUCAGUGGUCAUCUACUCCUGUUGAUUGUUCCAUGGUUAACUGGAAUGUGUAUAAUAGAUUCUGUGUAAUACAAUGAUGCAUAUAUUUAUACCACCAUGUUGCUUUCACACUGGAUAUAGAGAUGUUGUACUGUUGCAAUAAGCUUUUCAUUUGCUAAAAAAUACUUAUUUUGAAAAUAAAAUGAUCGUAUUAUUGGUCAAAA